GCAAAUUUCGUAGUGAUAUUACAAUUAUUACAACAAUUUCUAAUAUCGUGUCGCAUUUUCAGUAGCGAUUAUGGUAGCGAAGUAUUUUCAAUGUCUUAGUAUAAUAAGUGACUUCCAAUCGUUGACGCUUUUCGAUACUGAAAAAAUAAACAUUAUCAACAACAAAAAGUGCGACUUGGGAGAAACUCUCUCACUGUAGCUCACAGUCUGACAUACACACUCUCAAGAAGUAAAAUACUGAAAACUUAGGGUUAACUUGGGAAUAAUAAAAAAAAAAAAAAAUCUAAUUUUGACAAAAAAUAAUUAAUAAAUAUUGUUAUCGAUGUUUGUUUUUAGCCUUAUAUGUACAUGGGAGAGCUAUGUGUGGCUGCUUAAGUAGUAAAGUAGAAAAGGAUAGCGCAGCUCAUUAUGGAGACAGUAGAUACUACCACUGCGAACGUCGGCACCAAAACUGCACUGCACGCGGCCAUCGUUUCGCUGUCGACACGGGCGCAGGUGAAGAUACUAGUAACAACGUUUAUGAUAGCUGCGUUAGUGAUCGCCGUGACGGUGGAAGUGAUAGACGCAGCUGCGACUCCUUUAUCGGUGACGGUGGUGGCGGCCAUCUCGGCGGCGAUGGUCUCGUGGUUCGCCACGACGUUGAUCCUAUAUGCCAAUAUUAUGACGUUGACCACCAUAGACAGGAUUGCGGUUAUUUCAUUGCCCAUCGUGGUGAUACCAGUGUCGCCUCAUACCUCGCUGUUCGUCACGUUGACGGUGGAACUUACUUUGAAUUAUAAUACGGAGCAGGCGGAGGUGUCGGUGGCGGUGGCGGAGAUAAGGACGGCUGCGGAUCGGAUGGCGGAGAUGGAGGUGCGGAGGAUGAGGCGGCAGCGAAUGCUAAAUAACAUGUAUUAUAUGGGCUCACACCAAGCUAUUCGUUUUAUUGAGGACGAUCCUUUCUUUGAAUGAAAAUUCGCCGUCGUCGUCGGCGGGUACUAGCUAACGUCUUUAUAUAACAGUUUUUUUUCUUCAAAUAAUACACUUACGAAUAUAUCUAUAAACAUUAUACGUUAAUUUAAUACUAUGUGUACCUGCUGGCUACUACCUACCUAUUAAACUUACACUUAUUAAGUAAUUCAAAUCAAUACAAUGAUGCAUACGAGUUUUAUGCGCAUAAAAACCCAGCCUGGGCAUAAACAAAUUAAAAAGUUAAGUUAAUUUCAACGUUUUAACUUUAAUUUCUUUUCAAAUUUAAUUUUCAUUGACUUAAUUUUUAUUCAUAUAAACUCAUAAACAACGAUUUGAUUUAAAUCAAAUCUAAGUUACGUUAAUUUAUAAAUAAUUAUAUAAUAAAUAUAAUACAAUUAUAACUGAUGAUGUAUAUUGCAUAAACAUUUACUUUUUAUUAUUUUAAGCCAUAUUACUGGUUAAUUUUAUAUUUAAAAAAAUAAAUAAAACAAUAACUUAAAUUAAAUUAAUAAGUAAGCUGUAAGUUCCAUAUACCAUUUAACUUAACUGAGUUAAAUAGAUAUUGGGAUAACUAUACACUUUUAAAAAUAUUUUCUAUCAACUUAACUUAACUCAUUUAAAAAUUAUCAUUCACUGGACCAGGCUGCUGUAGCUCUGCGCAGAUUUUUGUAUUGACCACAUUAUUAUGUAGGUAGGUAUGGCCUGAAAGGUAUUUUUUAUUUUUUUAUUUGGAAAACAUUCAUUUCAUUUAUUAUCUUUUUCAUUUUAGUAUAUCAAAUAAUUAUUAUUAACUGGCCUAAGAAAACCAUUAGGUUUAUAAACAUUAAAAUUUGUUGCACCCGUGCACCAAUGUGAAUUAAUCAUAAUUCAUAACCCACGGGUGAUAGGAAAUUUUAGUGAACUCAAUUAAUAUUGUAAUUCAAAGAAAUUACAAAUAUGUAGUAUGAAUUGUUUUUUCGAUGAGUUUUAUUUUUGUGUUCUUAGUUAGUUUUUAAUAAUAAUGAAUUUAAAAAUUUA